AAUCAGUUUCAGGUGUCUACUGUAGUAUUGUAUGGUGUUCCUAUAGUUUCGUUAGUAAUAGAAAAUCAAGAGCGUUUAUGUUUAGCACAAAUAUCCAAUACCCUUUUAAAACAAUUUAGCUACAACGAAAUACACAAUCGUAGAGUUGCUUUAGGAAUAACUUGUGUCCAGUGCACUCCAGUUCAGUUAGAGAUCCUUCGCCGAGCUGGAGCAAUGCCUGUAUCUUCCAGAAGAUGCGGAAUGAUAACCAGGCGCGAAGCAGAACGUCUUUGUAAAAGUUUUAUCGGAGAUAACGCUCCACCAAGGCUUCCAGACGACUUUGCCUUUGCAGUUCAUCACGAAUGUGCUUGGGGCUGCAGAGGUUCUUUCCUUCCGUCACGAUACAACUCAUCGCGAGCUAAAUGCAUUAAAUGUUCCGCUUGCGGAUUGUUCUUCUCUCCAAACAAGUUUAUUUUCCAUUCUCAUCGUUUAAGUGCCAACGACAAAUACGUUCAGCCCGACGCUGCAAAUUUUAACUCAUGGAGAAGGCACAUGAAGCUUAGCGGAAGUCCUCCCGAGGAAAUAACGCAUGCUUGGGAAGAUGUCAAAGCUAUGUUUAAUGGCGGGACUAGGAAAAGGCUGUUGAGCUCGUCGUCAGUGUCGCAUUCUCCGAAACAGAAUAGGAUACAAUCCCAGGGACAACCAAUUAUUCCCUCACCGCGCUUAGCAAGUUGCCAGGAUAUCCCUCUGCCAAUAUCUCGGGUUGCCAUGGAUCUGAUUUAUCAAAAACCUCUUUCUUUUUCUUCUUAUUCUUCUCUCUCGUGGCUCAAAGGCAGUUCUAUGAUUUUCCCACAAGACAAUCCGUUCUUUCCCAUGGACAAAACGUACCAAUCUGCUUUCAAGCCGGUUCAGCCAGUCGUUGAGAAAGCCUGGUCCCAGAAAUCAGAAGAUAGUGAUAAUGAAGUGGAUAUUGAAACAACAGACGAUAACAUAGAACCUUCAUCUAGCUGGGAUUUGAAAGAUGAGAAGAUUUCAGAAUCGAUAGUGAACUCGCAAGUUUCUUUAGCGAAUCCGCCUGAAAAUUUACCAGCCCUGUCGCACAAGAUUUGGAAUCUGUCAAGGUUGCCGUUCGAUAGCUCCGACAGAUCUAAUCUCUUGUAUCGACCUGAUUUACAUCGAAGAUUUCUUAUUGGUUCCACAGAUGAGGCCGAUUCGCCUUUAAGAGGUCCAGUAAAUAUGACGAUAGGUUUGAAGCCAGCAAUAGAUUGUAGUACGUGUUCAAAUGUUGGUACUUUAUACAGCACUACGGACACUAGAAACAAAGUUACAUAGAUUGAACAUGUAUAUUUUUUCUUGUAUAAAUUAGUGCAAUAUCGGGCAUGUAAAGAAAAAAAGUAGUAGAUUCAUCGUUGCUAGGAACCAUGAUGAAUAUCUUCCA